ACCUCCCUUGCACCCCUGGGACAAUCUCUACAUGAUCAUGGUGCAUUAUUUUUAAAAAAUAUACUGUUGGCUAAUAUUUUAUUUACAAUUUCUGCAUCUAUGUUCAUGUUCAUACAAUUGUCCAACUUGAUUGUUGGAACUACUUGCAAACUAAUAGUGUGUAAGCUGUGAGAGGAGGGGUACCUCUCUCUGUGGGCUCCAUGCUAGGGUUUUUUUUGUUUGUUUUGUUUUGUUUUCUGAAUGGCCUAUGAAAAGACUUCUGACACAUAAGUCUGGAGCUUUUCUUAACUCUGAGUAGUGUGGGGACAGAGCCCUUUUGUAUCUCAAGAGAUGAAGCAAGCAUUAUAGCCUUGCAGCACCAUGGACUAGGGACUUACCGGACACAAGGAAAUACAUUUCUUGUCCUGGGGCUCCUUCUGUGCUUCUCCCUUGUCGUGAGGUUCUGUGCUGCUUGCUUCCUCUGUGUCUCAGUAUCUCUCUCCUCCUCCUGUCAUGUCUCUUUGUCUUGAUGCUUUUUAUUUCUGUCAUUGUCAUUUUCUGUCCAGCUCAGUGCCUUUGGGCAGGCCACUGGUCUUUUCUCACCCUCAGUCUCCCCUUCUUUGAAGUGGGAACAAACCCCCGGGUUACAGCCUUGUGCAAAUUGCCCUGGAGGUAUCUUGGUCUCUGUCAUUCUUACCCUUCUCUGUGUGGCCACUGUAUCUUCCUGGCAUGCUUGUUCCUGAAGCUUGUGGCAAACCCUGGUGGUUGGAGAAUUCGGACGUGACCCGCCAUUGGCCCUGGGAAGUAAGCCUCCGAGUAGAAGAUGAGCACGUGUGUGGAGGGGCCCUCAUCGACCUCAGCUGGGUGGUGACUGCCGCCCACUGCAUCCAAAGCACCAAAGAGUACUCAGUGAUUCUCGGCACCUCCAAGCUGAAGCCCAAGGACGCCAUGAAGGCCCUCUCAAUCCCCGUGAAGGACAUCAUUUUGCACCCCAAGUACUGGGGCCGGACCUUCAUCAUGGGCGAUGUUGCCCUUCUCCAGCUUCACACUCCUGCCAUCUUCAGCAAGUACGUGCAGCCCAUCUGCCUCCCGGAACCCAGCUACAACUUGAAGGUUGGAACACAGUGCUGGGUGACUGGCUGGGGCCAGGUUAAACGGCGCUUCUCAGCCAACUCCACGCUGACGCCAGAGCUGCGGGAGGCUGAGGUGUUUAUCAUGGACAACAAGAGAUGUGAUCGGAUUUACCGCAAGAAUUCCCUCGUCCCCCGAAUUGUCCCCCUUGUCCUGGGGGACAUGAUCUGUGCCACCAAUUAUGGAGAAAACAUGUGCUAUGGGGAUUCUGGGGGUCCACUGGCUUGCGAAGUCGAGGGCAGAUGGAUUCUGGCUGGGGUGUUGUCCUGGGAAAAGGCCUGCGCCAAAGUACGUAAUCCAGAUGUGUACACCCGUGUCACCAAAUACAGCAAAUGGAUCAAGAAGCAAAUAAGCAACGGGGUUCUCUCUGGACCCCGCACCUCUCCCUGGCUCCUACUCAUGUCUUGGCUGCUGCAGCCCCUAAUGGACCCCUGAUCUCCCCUCUCCCUUCUUCUCCAUGCUUUGCCUCUGCUGGAUCAACCUUGAUCUCUGGCCAGAUCAAGGUUAGACCGAGGUCAUGAUUCUGUUUUCAACAAGAGUCAAAGUUGGGAAAGAGUGGCCCCUGGGAGACUGGGUCUUGCUUUAGCCUCCUAGUGAGGAGGGAUAUGGUGGAUGACUAGGCCUUGGUUGACCAGGAGAAGGGAAGUGUGGCCUAGAAGUGCUCUGGAAUUGGGGACCAGAACAGUAGGGAUUAAAUGUGU